CCGGCAGGGCACCGCGCUCCCGCCCCGCCGCGCCAUGCCGCUGGGGCACAUCAUGAGGCUGGACCUGGAGAGAAUCGCCCUGGAGUACGUCGUGCCCUGCUUGCAUGACAUCGGCUUCUGCUACCUGGACAACUUCUUGGGGGAGGUGGUGGGGGACUGCGUGCUGGAGCGGGUGAAGCGGAUGCACCGGGACGGGGAGCUGGCCGACGGGCAGCUGGCCGGCCCCAGCCGCGGCGUCGCCAAGCGGCACCUCCGCGGCGACCAGAUCAAGUGGAUCGGGGGCACGGAGGAGGGCUGCGAGGCCAUCAACUUUCUCCUCACGCUGAUAGACCGGCUGGUGAUGUACUGCGGGAGCCGACUUGGCAAGUACUACGUGAAAGAGCGAUCCAAGGCUAUGGUUGCUUGCUAUCCUGGAAAUGGAACUGGUUAUGUUCGUCAUGUGGACAAUCCAAAUGGUGACGGGCGCUGCAUCACCUGUAUUUAUUACCUGAAUAAGAAUUGGGACUCCAAGCUGCAUGGUGGAAUUCUUCGAAUAUUCCCAGAAGGAAAGUCCUAUGUAGCAGAUGUUGAGCCGAUUUUUGACCGAUUACUUUUUUUUUGGUCAGAUAGAAGGAACCCACAUGAAGUCCAGCCUUCUUAUGCAACCAGAUAUGCCAUGACUGUGUGGUAUUUUGAUGCCGAAGAAAGAGCAGAAGCCAAAAAAAAGUUCAGGAGCUUAACAGAUGCAAGGAAGAGAGAAGCACCUCUUAAUGAAGACUAAUGAACUGUUUCUGAACUCUUUGUGAGGAAAUAAGAUCCCAAAGAUGACUUCCAUUUCCAGCAAACAAUGGCAAAUCAUUAUUAUGCACAAGAACGUACUGAUUGUGUCUAGCAUGUGCAUCUUAUACUGAUGGUACUUAAGGCAGCCUCCUGUCAUGCUGCAUCUGGCAAAAGGAACACUUGUUUUCUCUUUGCCUUUUGCUGGAAAAAGUAACCAGGGUUAAAAAAAAAAGAGUAUCACUAAGCCUAGUAGUAGUGGCUAAGCCAACUGGCUUUUGAUCACUCUUGUAACUAAGAUAAUGAUCAUUGAAACUAGUGGUAAAAACCUGAGUCUUAUUUGCACUUUAUGGUAAAGAAAAAGUCUAGCUCAAUGGGAAGGAGCUUUGUAAGUUUAAAAUCUGUGGCAGACUGCUAAUAGGCACGGAGAUAUAUUGGACAUGUGAAACUAAAUUGGAUAUUUCACAGAUUUGUAGAGUGUCAUCUCAUGGUCUGUCUCAAGUGGACCUGUUGAUGUACUGUUCAUCACUUUGCAGAACAUUGGUUCAGCUCUUUGAUAGCAUAACUUUCCAAACAGAUUUUUGUCUACACAAUCAUUGCAUUUCCUGGAUUUUGUUUGCUUUUCAAGAAGCAAGUUCUAGCUAGUUGCACUAGUUGCACUGCCCUUUCUGUCUCAGGACUGAGGGGUUAGUAGUUAUGUAUCUGUUCACAACUUUGUAAAACCAUUUCCUUUCUGUUCUGAGCAGGAUGGGUUCUACAUUUUCUAUUUUCACAGUUGGGUACAGCAGCUGUUUUCUCCCUAAAGUCUGGUAAACUUGGAAGGCUUAUGGCACAUAAUACUUUGGCACUAAAGGCCAGUGAUGUGCAGAGUUUAGGGUUUGCUUUGUGACUUCUCCAUCUGUUAUGUUCUGUAUGACACAGAUAUGAAUCUGAAAGGAAAAGAGAUAUCUGACAGUCUGACAAAUAUAUGAUAAAUAAUGGGUAACUUAGACUUGAUUUUUAUGUUGAUUAUUCUUAGUUAACACACUUGUUUAAUUUUGCAUGCAUGUGUAAUUUGAAUGAAACAGCAAUUACGUUUCAGUUGGUCUGUUA